AUGAGCUCCCGUGCUUCUGAAGAUCACAGAGAUUCCAAGAAGCCGUGUGUGUUUGAGCCCUAUAAGAAACAUAAAAAGAUAGGCAAAUGUCUAAUCAUCAAUAAUGAGCACUUUUUCGGAUCUCCAAAUUUGCAAAGAGUGGGCGGUUCAACAGAUGAAAAUCUACUGUACAGUACGUUCCAAUCAUUGGGCUUUCAUGUACAAGUGGAAAAAAACCUGACAGCUGGUCAAAUGGUUGACGCACUGACAAAAGUGUCCAAGGAUAACCACACAGACAUGUCUUGCUUUGUGUGUGUACUGAUGAGCCAUGGAGCGGAAGGAACCAUUCUUGGAUCGGAUCAGAAUUUGGUCCCUAUCAAAACUCUAACCUCUACCUUGACCUCUGAUCUCUGCCCUAGUCUGCAGGGCAAGCCGAAACUCUUCUUCCUACAGGCCUGCAGGGGGAAGGAAGAUGACCCUGUUGUUGAGACAGACUAUCCAGAGGGGGAUUAUGUCAUUAUGUCAGAUGUUCCGGAGGUGGAUUUUCUGUGCUGUUAUUCAACAGUGGAAGGGUAUUUCUCAUGGAGAAAUCCAGAUACGGGUUCAGUAUUUAUCCGUCAGCUUUGCAAGAUGUUAAUGGACAGUCAUUUAGAGAUCAUUCAGAUUCUGAUGAGAGUAAACCAACAUGUGGCUAAUUACUUCAAGUCUUACACCACAGAACUGGAAACGCAUGGGAAGAAACAAAUGCAAUGCAUAACCUCCAGACUUACCAAGGAUUUUUACCUUCAUGCAUGUCAAAAAAAAUAAAUUGUAAUGGACCAUCAUGACGCAUUUCCGCAUUAUUUAGAAACAUAAAUCUAGAUUUAAAAAAAAAAAAAUAUAUAUAUAUUUUGAUAUUUUGUUUUUAUUAUUUAAUAUACAUUUCAAACAUUAUCCUUUGUAUUAUAUUACCCUGGAUGUGUUUUCUAAUACAGCUGCUGAGAGAGUAAAUGCACAUUUCCCAUCUUCUUUCUUCUGACUGUCGUAACCCAUCACGUUAAAUUUUUUUAAAGCUGUGGAAACAUCAUAGUGGCUUUUUUCAUUUGAUCUUGGUGCAAAAUUAUAUUUGGCAUGGUUUCCAAUUUACUCCCAUUCACCGAUAUAUCAAAGUCCACGUUCUAAAACACAGAAGUCUGUUGCAUACAGUGGACAAGAUGUUUUUUUCAAUAAUUGUUUUGAUUUAGAAACAUAAUAAGGUUCCAAGAAUAGCAAGGAAGCUAUAUCCAAUUAGCACUACUAUGAGUGAUAAUAAUCCUGUUUUUAUUAUUAUUACUAUUAGAAUAAAUUAUAAUAACUAUGUUAUAAUGCAUUAAUAAUAAUAAAAUACUGGUAGAAUUCAGAAUUUACUCUGUCUUUGGGUCAAAUUGUAUUCUCUCAGAAUAGAGCAUGUUUUGUUGCAUUUAAAAAUGAUUUUCUAA